CAUGUACCGCUUGAUGGGGGUCAACGGCACCGCCGUCGCCGCCGCCGCCGGGCAGCCCAAUGUCUCCUGCACGUGUAACUGCCAGCGUUCUUUGUUCCAGAGCAUGGAGAUCACGGAGCUGGAGUUCGUGCAGAUCGUGGUCAUCGUGGUGGUGAUGAUGGUGAUGGUGGUGGUGAUCACCUGCCUGCUGAGUCACUACAAGCUGUCUGCGCGCUCCUUCAUCAGCCGCCACAGUCAGGGCAGGAGAAGAGACGACGGGCUGUCCUCGGAAGGAUGCCUCUGGCCCUCCGAGAGCACCGUGUCAGGCAACGGAAUCCCAGAGCCACAGGUCUACGCCCCGCCUCGGCCUGCUGACCGCCUGGCCGUGCCCCCCUUUACCCAACGAGGCCGUUUCCACCGCUUCCAGCCCACCUACCCCUACCUGCAGCACGAGAUCGCCCUGCCGCCCACAAUCUCACUGUCAGACGGGGAGGAGCCCCCACCCUACCAGGGCCCCUGCACCCUCCAGCUGCGGGACCCUGAGCAGCAGUUGGAACUGAACCGCGAGUCUGUGCGCGCACCCCCCAAUAGGACCAUCUUCGACAGUGACCUGAUGGACAGCACCAUGCUGGGUGGCCCCUGCCCCCCCAGUAGUAACUCGGGCAUCAGCGCCACCAGCUACAGCAGCGGUGGGCGCAUGGAAGGGCCUCCCCCCACCUACAGCGAGGUCAUCGGUCAUUACCCAGGAUCCUCCUUCCAGCACCAGCUGAGCAGUGGGUCUUCCUCCCUGCUGGAAGGGACCCGGCUCCACCACCCACACAUCACCCCCCUGGAGAACAAGGAGAAGGAGAAACAGAAAGGUCACCCACUCUAGGAGCGAGGACCAGGGCACCUGUAGGUAAUACAGCAAAAGACACUCCGCACUUCUUAAAAGAGAAGAGAGGAGGGCAGGGGCCUCACAGGGAAUGCAGCGUGGGCCACACCGCCUCUCCAUGUAUAAAUAUUUACAUGUCUCGUCUGGUCUGAAUGCAGAAGCUCAGAAAGCUUGCAAAAAAAAAAAAAAAAAAAAAAAAUUCCACGUUUCUUUGUUAAGCUGUGUCUUGAAGGCAAAAGAGAAAAAAAAAAUUCUCCAGUAGUCUAUUUUUUUUUUUCUUUCUAGUUGAGCUGUGUGUGUGAAUGCUUAAUUUCCUUUUGUUUAUGAUGGUUUCACUUAACUUUAAAGACAUAUUUGCACAAAACCUUUGUUUAAAGAUCUGCAAUAUUAUAUAUAUAAAUAUAUAUAAAAUAAGAGAAACUGUAUGUGGGAGGGCAGGAGUAUUUUUGUAUUAGAAGAGGCCUAUUAAAAAAAAAGUUGUUUUCUGAACUAGAAAAGAAAAAAUGGCAAAUUUUGAGUGCCAACUCAGAAAGUGUGUAUUACCUUGUAAAGAAAAAAAAAUCACAAAGCAGGGGUUUAGAGCUAUUUAUAUAAAUGUUGAGAUUUUGCACUAUUUUUUAAUAUAAAUAUAUCAGUGCUUGUGUGGUGGAAACUUCGAUCGCGUGUGUUGAGACUUGAAGGAGAAAUGUCGAGUGUCAGAGGCUAAGUACAAGGGGUCCCCUUGGGUCUGCAAAGGGGCCCCCCAGUACAGGAAGGGCAGGACCCCAGGGCCACCCUCCUGCAGACCCAAUGCUUCUGUCCAAAUGGGCUGUGAGCAGUCACACAUUCCCUGCCAAAGGGGACCCACGCUGUCCCUCCGGUUUGCAGACGGAUCAAGAGUGUCCCCACAGAGGCGCCAAGUCCUACACGGUGGGUUUUGCCUUUCCCAACAUGAAAAUAAACUGUUACUGAAGGAAUCUUA